GCUGUUCUGUCAUAUGCUCUUCUCUCCUCCAAAAGAGGCUAUAAAAUCCAUCCUCUUAUUGCCACUGCUUUCACCCUUGGUCCCGAUCAUCUACAGACUGAAACAAGACUAACCACAUAGUAAUCAAGUACCCAGGUUUCAUUUCGCUGUGUUCAUGGAUCACGUCGUCUUUCGUGGGGCUGUAGAGCAACAGCAUCUUCAGCAGUUGAAGCAAGUAGCCCAAGAUGUGAUCAGACCACUGAUGAAAGGGCUCCAUUCCUUCAACCAUGUCUCAGAGAUGCUCCUCUGCAUUGAACCAGGCGUCAUCCUCCGUCCUGAAAGCCAGUGUUUUCAUGAUAUCAGACAGCAGAUUGAGAAGAUGAAUGAGAAGUUGCAGGAGUCCCAGUCCAUCGCAAACACUGAGCGCCGACGCAUAGACGGAGAGACCGAGCAUCUCACUGCAGAGCUGAGUCAUUUAGCAAAUCAGAAAAGCCAGACAAUGAGCCGGUUAAAUGACUUGAAAAUGACACUCAAUUCACACAGAUCCAAUCUGGAGAGUUACCGUGCAAGUCUGGAGUUGGAGAAAAGAAACCUGCAGUCAGCAAAAAACACCAGAGAUAACAUGAGAAGAAGGAGAGAUGCAGCAGAGACUACAAGCGCUGUUGGCGCUGGUUUAUUUGUUAUCCCAAUUAUCGGGUGGAUUGCAGGGGGUAUUAUGCUUGGUGUUUCUGCUGCGGAGUGGAAUGAGACCAAUGCCGCUGUUGACAGAGCUACUGAGGAGGUGGACAGGUGUGAAUCACAGGUGGACGAGUACACUGAUAAAGUGUCAGAGUACAGUUCCAGGAUCUGCCAAGCCGAGUGUGACAUCACGAUGGCUGACAAUAAGAUUCACGAGAUAGAGGCCAAUCUGCGGGCUGUGUCUGUGAAGCGAGAGUUUGUUGCUGAUGUUCAGGAGAAAAUUAGACAUGCUGUCCAUCAGCUGGGACAGCUGUGUGUGGUGGGGAGUGUGGCAGAGGUGCAGACCCGAUACAUGAUUGUGCUGGAGCCUGUGAUUCAGGUAUUUGAGGAGAUGACAACAGCACUGAGUCGCAUCACUGGAGAUGAGCUGCUGCACACAGAGGGCAUCCAUUCCUUGAUGUGUGACAUGAAAGAAAAACAGGGAAAACUCAAGCAGCUUGUUGACUCUAAAAGGAGUUUAGGUUAUGACGAUUACUACUAAUUACAAUCAAAUCACCAGAACCACAGAAUAGAAGCAGAUCUCUCCAGUCCUCGCCCUCACUUGCUCCCUGGCAGCUGAUUUUAAACCAUAUUAUUAUGUACCUGCUCAGCCUCUGGUGGAGCACUACUGGUUAUUGCAAAAUCUAAAUCCAUCUAUUCUUUGAUAUGUGGCAUGGAAGAAAAACAGAGAAAACUCAAGCAGCUUGUUGACUCUAAAAGGAGUUUAGGAGAUUAAUAUGAUUACUAGUGAUUUACACUUAUAGAAUGUCAUUUUGUCUGCACGUAAACAUGAGCAGCAAAACAUUGCUAAGCAUUUUUGUCAUUAUUGAUCAAUAAUUAUGUAAUUACAGCUAUGGAAGAAUAUUGCUUUCACUUUCACUGUUAAAAGAAUGAGAUCAUUUUGGAUGCUGAAAUUAUGUUUUUGUUUUAUGAACUGAGAUAAAUCUCUUGGUGAUUUACUUUUAAUUAAAAUAAGAUCCUGUUGCUUGUCACAUUGAGCAAUAAACAAUAAAUCCAAA